AUGGCUGCAUCUUUCCUCAACAGGCUCGGAAUAUUGGGUAUGGGUAUCGCCUGUGUCGGCGGUGUUGUCAACACAGCCCUUUUCAACGGUAAUAUGAAUUUUUACUUUGGGAAUUUCUCGCAUGCUGAGUCUCAGUUUCGAUCGGUCGAACUUUAAGAAGCUGAUGAGUGCGUUUGACAACUGAUAUAGCUCGAGUAUUUUAACAUCUUAGGAAUACAACUGAGUUGGUACGUUUGAUUUGAAACUCUAUUCGGAAAUUUUUCAAGGAAUCUGAUCCAUUAGCUGCUAGAACUAAAACUGAUCAAUUUUAUCCUUUCCUUGCUUCGUUUGAACCCACAAUCAGUACUUCAGCUUUAGCCUUAGGAUGUUAGGAUGGGCUAGUUUGCUUGUUGGACAGCACCAGUUAAAGCAGCACGUGCAUGAAAGUUUUAAGGUGAUUUAUAUGUUUGAAGAACUUUUCCGAAGAGUUUGUGAGAAAAGUUAUCCUGACAAUUCUUCUUGAAAUAAUUUGUUUUACACCAAGUUACAUAAGCUUUGUUGGUCAAUUGGCUAGUAUCAGGCUCCUUUAUCUCAGCAAAUGCCUGGCUGAUUGCAUAAAGGUUUGUACAAACUCUGUAUGCAAUUUUCUAGUGAUUGUUAUCAAGAUGACUUAAUCAAGAGAUCUCCAUCAUUGAAUUUAAGAACUGGCAACAUUGAUCCUACAUUUCACAUUUCGUACUUUUUUAUUCAGUAAAUUUUCAGAUUAUCAAUAUUACAUUGGCUGAUCCACUAAUAGCCAUAGCUAGUCUAAGAUGGGUCAAUAAUUAAGAUUGAGGUAGCUAACUAAACUAUUUAAGUUAAAUUUCAGUGCCUAAACCAAUUGUUCAUUUGUUGUACUCUCUAGUUGAAGGAGGUCAUAGAGCUGUACUGUUUGAUCGAUUUCAAGGAGUGAAACCUGAGGUAACGGGUGAAGGAACUCAUUUUCUCAUUCCUUGGGUGCAGAAACCAAUUAUAUUUGACAUCCGCAGUCGACCUAGAAAUGUCGCUGUAACAACAGGAAGUAAAGGUAAUGAUAAAUUUGUAGAUAGUGCACAAUAUAAGUGGAACUACUUGAGAGUGAAAGAAGUAUAUCUACAAGUUAUUCUAUUUCUAAUCUGGACAUAAAUUCUUCUUGCAGAUUUACAGAAUGUCAAUAUUACUUUAAGAAUUCUCUUUCGACCUCAGCCACAUAUUUUGCCCAAGUUGUACAUGAAUCUUGGGGAAGAUUAUGAUGAGCGUGUUCUUCCUUCCAUCAUCAAUGAAGUGCUAAAGGCUGUGGUGGUGAGUAAACAGAGUUUUCCUGCUUAAAUAACUAUUUCAUUCCUAGAAACAAUCAAUUUAUAAAUUCUUCUUAUAGCAUGAAUACAUUGUCAAGUUGGAAGUUACUGGUAAUGAGAAUAAAGAAAAUCAUGAACUAAGGGAAAUUGCCCUGAUAUAACUUCCAUUCUUUUGAGAAAGUUACAAGAGAAAAUACCAUUUGGUCAUUAGUUGGUACAAGUGGUUAUCAGAUUUUGGAAAUGAGGGGGAUAGAAUAUUAUUUGAAGUUAAAUAAUAAUUUCAGGUCAAGGUAAUUUUUAACCAGUUUUAUAUGUUGUUGACACAGAAAAAUACUUAACAAGUUUGUAUGAACUUCAGUAUACACAGUAUUAGUGUAUAAGAUAUAUUUACAGCUCCCUAAGCACUUCACGUCAGUGGUUCUCUUUUUCCCAGUCUGAUUACCCAAAUUGUUUGGCUCCAGAAGUAAAAUGUCCUUUCUUCCUUAGUUCAGUUAUGGAUAGUUAUUUAACACAAGUGGAUGGUGAAAAACAUAAAGUUUCCAUGGGCAAAUUGACUGCUGUGGAAAAUUUUGAGAAGCUGACAUUUUUAGCAUUAGCCCUUUUCAAAAUUUUUGCAAAGUGUGUGAUUGUGGUCAUUUUAGGCAGUAGUAUGAGUGUUUUUACUUGUCUUUUAAUACUUAACAGGCCCAGUUUGAUGCUGGAGAGCUCAUAACACAGAGAGAAGUGGUAAGCAUCAUUGCUUUGAAUGAAGUUACUUGUAGGCAGAGAAAUAUUCCAAGAGCCAAAGAUAUGCAGUCUUUGAAAACAUUUUUAAAAAUUAUUUUAUCAAAUGCAGAUUUUUUUUAGGGGGGUGGGGGGUGUGGGAUGUUAGGAAGUGUUUGGAAAUUCAACUUGGCAGUGGAAACAUUGCAGUCAAGACUAUUGCUUAGCCUGACUCUCACACUGUGAGACAACACAAGUAAAUGUUUAUUUGUCUAUAAAACCAUAAUGAACAACAACAUUUCCAAGGGUUUUUUGUGGUUCUCAUUCAUGUUAGUAUUUUGAAGACCUGGAAACCUACAUGUAACAUUUUACAUUCUGCAUUCAAUUUGCUGUAAUUUAUUGAUAGUUAUUAAUAAAUAACUAUGAUUUCAAUUGCAGGUUUCACAAAAAGUGCAGGAUCUACUGACGGAGCGAGCUGCAAGUUUUGGGCUUAUUUUAGAUGAUAUAUCUUUGGUGAGGUCUUGCUUUUAUGUAAAAUUCUAAGAACUAAAUAACGUACAGAUUGUCAACAUACAUAACUUAAUGUAUUUUUCCUUUCAAUAACAUUAUCAUAUUUGGUAUUCAAAGGUGAUAACAGAUCUGUUAAAAAAACUGUCAUGCUUUGUUGCAAGGAUCUACAAUCUUCAAUUAUAAUUCACAUUGAUAACUUUUUGACGUUGAAAUUAAAUCUGAAUGAAGCACUAUUUCUAUUUCAGACACAUUUGACUUUUGGCAAAGAGUUUACAGAAGCUGUGGAAAUGAAACAAGUUGGUGAGUAACUUAUGACAAAGUUGGUAAUUCUCGGCUGGCAAAGUUGGCAAUUCUUGGCAAGAAUGCUGUAGACUUUUUUUGUGAGAAGUAGGCAGUUCAAUUUUUAAUAUUUACGUGUGUGAAGAUCUUUCAGGAAUAACCCCUUCAUCAGUUCCAGCAAUUAUUGCCAAAUGUAACCUUGCAGGAGAGCUUGUGUGGUUUGGCUUGUUUUCGCGUUUGCAAAGACGUACUCACAUAUAAUUCAAAUUGAUUAUAAUACAGCAAACUGUUUUCUCAUUACAAACAAUACUUUGUCUUGUUGCCUUAUAGCUCAGCAAGAAGCAGAACGUGCCAGAUUCUUGGUGGAGAAGGUAAGGGGGGGGAAUAGGGGCAACUGAAACUAAUACAAGUGAACACAAUGGCAGUCCAAGUGUGUAAGGUUUGAAAGACACGAGGGAGGGGAGGAAAGAGGGCUGCACCCCCCUUGAUAUUAGGAAAGAAUUAAUUUUCUAGGCAAUUUGUGCACCUCAAUCUCAGAAAUGUCUUAUUUUGUCAGCGAAUUUUGUUCCAAACAAGUUGCUUUGAGAAAGCUGGAUUGAGAGAGAAAGUGAUAUCAAAGGGGUGGAGUUUGAUUUUCAAUUUUUGUCUCCAGCUCACAUAGGAAAAAAGCCUGAGAAGGUCGUGCUUUGAUAAGUUAGUUACUCUUCUGCAUACAACAUCGGCUGGGUGCACACACUGAAAGUGUGUGCGAGUGUUUGAACUUUCCUUCUCAGUCCAGCUGUGUCACAGAAUCAAUGAAUUUAGUAAUUUUUGUUAAAAUUCACACUUAUCUUUGAAUUUUCGACACAAAAAUUUGUUCGUUGUGUGUUUACCAAAAGUAGUAUUUGAAUAGAGCGAGAAAGAGAACGAUUAUAUUUUUUUCAUUCAAGUUCGGCUCUGAAUAGGUGCUGUGUGGAGAGGCGCGAUCAAAGCAAUGUGCUCUGUGGUGUGCCUAACGUAUUAACUGUAAUCAACGUCCUUUUUUCAGGCGGAGCAACAUAAGCAAGCCACAGUGAUCCGGGCUGAGGGAGACGCUAAGGGAGCAGAGCUUUUAGCAGACGCGUUUAAAGAGGCUGGCGAAGGGCUUGUUGUGCUCAGGAAAAUGGAAGCCGCUGAGGAAAUCGCAGACAAGUUAUCUCGUUCAAGAAAUGUAGCGUACCUUCCUCAUGGACAGAAUAUGUUGUUGAAUCUGCCUGUCGGUCGUCAGUAAGGAUAUGAUGUAGAAAAAGAUUGAGACGAAAA